CGUCCCUUCCCUGCGAGGCUGGCUGAGGCGCGGUUCUCCUUCUCCCGCCGCUGCCUUUCUUCGCUUGCCCAGAAUGGAGCUCUUCCAAGCCAAGGACCACUACAUCCUCCAGCAGGGCGAGCGGGCGCUCUGGUGCAGCCGCGCUGACGGCGGCUUCCAGCUCCGUCCCGCUACUGACCUUCUACUUGCUUGGAAUCCGAUUUGUCUGGGGCUGAUAGAAGGAGUUAUUGGGAAAAUUCAGCUUCAUUCAGACCUGCCAUGGUGGUUGCUUCUUGUUCGCCAAAAAGUGGUAGUUGGCAAGCUUCCAGGAGAUCAUGAAGUAUGCAAGGUAACAAAGAUUGCAGCAAUACCACUUGCAGAAACAGAACCCCAGGACCUGGAGUUGGAGCUCUGUAAAAAACAUCAUUUUGGGAUAAAUAAAUCGGAGAAGAUUACACAAUCUCCAGAUGACUCUAAAUUUCUCUUGAAGACCUUCACUCAGAUUAAAUCAAAUGUUUCGGCUUCUAAUAAAAAGAAGGUCAAAGAAAGUAAAGAGAAGGAGAGACUGGAAAGGAGAUUGUUAGAAGAAUUAUUCAAAAUGUUUAUGGACUCCGAUUCCUUUUAUUAUUGCUUGACUUAUGACCUAACAAACUCUGUGCAAAGGCAGAGUGCAUGUGAGAAGGCCAACUUGCCACUUUGGAAGAAGGUUGAUGACAGAUUCUUUUGGAACAAACACAUGAUUCAAGAUCUGAUCAGUAUUGGUAGUUCUGAAGUGGAUUUUUGGGUUACCCCAGUCAUACAGGGAUUUGUACAGAUUGAAGAGCUUGUAGUUAAUUAUAAUGAAGCUUCAGAUGAAGAGAAAAGCAGUCCUGAGACACCACCUCAGGAGUCCAUUUGUGUGGAUGACAUUCACCCAUGUUUUCUUGUGGCACUUAUCUCCCGCAGAAGUCGCCACAGAGCAGGGAUGCGUUACAAACGAAGAGGAGUUGAUAAGAAUGGAAAUGUGGCAAAUUAUGUGGAGACAGAACAACUGAUUCAUGUCCAUAACCAUACCCUUUCAUUUGUUCAAACAAGAGGCUCUGUGCCAGUGUUCUGGAGUCAGAUUGGUUAUAGAUACAAUCCCCGGCCACGAUUGGACAAAUGUGAAAAGGAAACUAUCUCCUAUUUCCGUGCACAUUUUGAAGAACAACUGAAAACUUACACAAAACAGGUCAUCAUUAACUUGGUGGACCAGGCUGGAAGGGAGAAAAUUAUUGGUGAUGCUUACCUUAAACAAGUUUUGCUGUACAAUAAUCCAAGCCUUACAUAUGUUUCCUUUGACUUCCAUGAACAUUGCCGUGGAAUGAAGUUUGAAAAUGUACAAACACUAACUGAUGCCAUAUCAGACAUAAUUACUGACAUGAAGUGGUGCUGGGUGGACCAAGCUGGUGUGAUUUGUAAGCAGGAAGGAAUUUUCCGAGUUAACUGUAUGGAUUGUUUGGAUCGAACUAAUGUUGUCCAGGCCGCUAUUGCUCGUGCAGUUAUGGAACAGCAGCUGAAGAAGUUGGGUGUUAUGCCGCCGGAACAGCCUUUGCCUCUGAAAUGCAAUAGAAUCUACCAGUUAAUAUGGGCUAACAAUGGUGAUGCCAUCAGCAGACAGUAUGCUGGAACAGCAGCUUUAAAGGGUGACUUUACAAGGACUGGUGAAAGGAAGCUGGCAGGAGUUAUGAAAGAUGGAGUUAACUCUGCAAAUAGGUACUACUUAAAUCGCUUCCGGGAUGCCUAUAGGCAGGCAGUCAUAGAUUUAAUGCAGGGUAUCCCUGUAACAGAGGACCUAUAUUCCAUAUUUACAAAAGAGAAAGAACAUGAAGCUUUGCACAAAGAAAAUUUGAGAAGUCAUCAGGAAUUAAUUAGCCAGCUAUUACAAAGUUAUAUGAAGCUGCUUUUACCAGAUGACGAGAAAUUCCAUGGUGGUUGGGCACUUAUUGAUUGUGACCCAAGCCUUGUUGAUGCUACUCAUAAAGAUGUGGAUGUUCUGCUUCUGCUUUCUAACUCUGCAUAUUAUGUAGCAUAUUAUGAUGAUGAAGUAGAUAAAGUAAAUCAGUACCAAAGGCUGAGUCUUGACGAUUUGGAGAGGAUAGAAAUAGGACCGGAACCAACUCUCUUCGGAAAGCCCAAGUUCUCAUGCAUGAGGCUCCAUUAUAAAUACAAAGAUACAAGUGGAUAUUUUCACACUCUUAGAGCUGUAGUGCGGAACCCUGAAGAAGAUGGUAAAGACACUCUUCAGUGCAUUGCAGAGAUGCUGCGAAUUACUAAACAAGCCAUGGGAGCAGACUUACUCAUUGUUGAGCGAAAACUGGAGAGAAAGACCAGUAAACCCCAUGAAGACAUUAUUGGCAUUAGAUCCCAGAACAGAGGCUCCCUGGCCCAGGGGAAGAAUUAUUUAAUGAGCAAGUUCUCCUCUCUUAAUCAGAAAGUGAAGCAAACCAAAUCUAAUGUAAAUAUCAGCAAUCUUAGAAAGCUGGGAAACUUUACCAAGCCUGAAGUGAAAGUAAAUUUUUUAAAGCCCAAUCUGAAAGUAAAUCUUUGGAAAUCAGACAGUAGCCUGGAAACCAUGGAAAACCCCAUGAUUGAUACUAAAGUCUGUGCAGAAUCGGACAUUGAAAUCUCUUCAGAUAAUGACUCAUUCCAUUCAGACGAUUUCCUUACAAAUUCUAAAUCUGAUGAGGACCAGCAGUUUGUUGACUCCCUAGAUAAUCUGGGCCAGAUUGAUUACGUCCUGCCUAGCUGUGGUAUCAUUGCUUCUGCUCCUCGUCUAAGCAGUCGGUCCCAGUCUAUAAGCAGUGCUGACAUCAAUAUUAGCAUUACUGUUCCUUCAGAAAUCCACAUCGAACAGUGUGGAGACCAAUCUAACAGAUCUAAAUUUGAAGACCAAGCACUUCAGGAAACUCCAUCCAAUGAGGAUGCUGCAGUGGAGUUUGCUAAGCCAAUUGAUGCAUAUUGCCACCGAUUUGUACAAGAUGCUCAAAAUAAGAUGACCAGUGCUUCAGAAAUUGAUGUCAGAUCUCAAGAGUCCCAUCAGGAAAUGAUUCACAUUAAUAAUUCUAAGAGAAUGGACCCUUGCUUCGGAAAAACCAAAGAGAUUCCUUCUAGACCAUCUAAACUAGAUGUCCCACUUAAAGAGCCAGGCUCACAGUUCUUAGUGGGUGAACAGAUUAAUUCUCCUAGGCCUCGUAAUAACCCAGGCUCUGCAUCUAGUGUUCUGGAGACUGAAGCAGGGUUUUGUAUGACCCCUUCACCAGCAGAGAACAAUGGCAGCAGAGUAGUCUCUCCCUUUGCAAAGAUCCGCAGCUCCAUGGUUCAGGUGGCUAAUAUUACACAAGCUGGUUUGACCCAAGGAAUUAACUUUGCGGUAGCUAAAGUCCAGAAGAGCCCUGCAGACCCAGAAUCUGUAAAUGAGAUUCAGCAAAAUGAACUGAGAGAAAUGUUUACACAGUGUCAGACACGAAUAAUUCAAAUCUAGUGACUGAGCUUUUCUAGUUCAGUUGUGUAAAUUUGUUAAACAAAGGUAACAAAAGCCCUUGAGAGAACUGACUGCCAUUGACUAUUGGUAUCAAAACUACCAAUAACUAUGUUUACAGAAAAGCUUGACAUAGAGAGAAUUGAAUUCUGAACUGGUUUCAGAACUAUUGAAUGGUACCUGUGCUGGUGAAAGUAAAUCCUGCUGAAUGAGUAGUUCAUACACCAGUGGUUGAUGUGCAUGUUAGUUUGAGUGAUCAGUUGCACAGUUAUCUUUUUUUGAGACCAGGUUUGAUGGGUCUUCUGAUUUCUGUACAGUAUUUAUACUGAGGACCUGGUACUGAAUACCUGUUACCUUACUAAUCUUGCACUGUACCAGUGAAAUAUUUUACUCACAGAUGACAUUCUAUUUAUUUUUCAGAUUUUUUUUUAAUGUAAGAUUUUGUGUUCCUCAAUGUUCUAGUUGCAUUCCUAAAGAAGUGGUCUUUGAAGAUAAGUAUGCAUACUAGGGGUUUACUUCUUCCUACCUCCUUUAACUUACUUCUAUGGUAUCUUGGUGCAAUCUAAUAUAGUAAUGUGCAAAAACUUGGAGUGCAGCUACUGAAAAGGUUUUUCUUUUUAAAAAAAUCUCAUCUGGUGUGUCUUCUGUUUAAUGAACCUAGCUCCCUGCUGUUGACCAAAACCUUUUGAGGAAAUACAAGGGUCUUGUCUUAAUAAAUAAAUGAAUGUCAAGUAUAUUCGAGACAUUAGAAUAUUGUCUAAACCUAAGCACCAAAAAUACUGAUAUUUAAAAACCAGAUUAAUCUAAAGGGUUUCAGAGCAGUUAAAGUAGUUAUAAUACAUUGUGAGAUCAUGUCAGCCUUUGUUAUAAUACUGGUAGCGAAUGAACCUGUACUUAAUGUUUGUCCUGGGAUUCUAAGUUGAAUGUGCUGGGAAACGUAUUCCCUCACUGCAUACUCGUAUAUCUCAGAACAGUCUUGUGGAUGAUGUUCUAUAGUAGAAUGUAGCAGCAGGAACAUUGGAUUCUGCUAUCUUGUGCUUCAUAGCCUUAGUAGUCCUCCACUUCAGAGCCAGGAUCUCUGUAUGUUAGUACAUGUGUACUAUAGCUAGGCUGCACGUGAUGUUCUAAGCAGUUAACAAGUGUCAUAAUGAUAGUACAGUGUCUUUGAACAUCUCUAAUAUAACAGAAGUGAUCAACUUAACCUGAUUGUCUAUUUGUUGGAAGGUUUUGAUACUGUUUCCAUAUUGUUAUUUAUUUCUUACUUUGUGAUGAAUGUUUGCUUUUUUUGGAGUGUCUACAAAUUUGUGAUUAUUUAAAAUUGUAUUGUUUUAAUGUGGGAGACAUGAGAAAUAUUUUAAUAAAAAAUUGAGAUACA